AAAGAAAAGGAUGAUAUAUUAAGAAGAAAGAGAGAGCGCCAUAGUGAUUCUUGCUACUAUACUACAGUCUACAAGUAGCAUUUUCCACGCACAUCUCCCCCACCUAAACGAUAAUAUCCACACAAACUCAUCCCCUUUUUUUCUCUCUCUCUCAAUCUCCUUUCUUCUUUAUAUAUUACCACUGUUUUCCCUAAUUUUGCAAUGUGCACAAAUUCUACAAAUUAAGUUACAAUCUAUCUAUUUAAAAAAAAAAAACACACAACAUUAUUAUUAUGGCAAGUAAUUUUGUUCAAGUAAAAGAAGCCAUAUCUAUCACACCAUCACAACCUACACCAAAUUGCACACUUUCUCUCUCCACCAUUGAUUCUCAACUCUUUCUUCGUUUCACCAUUGAAUAUUUGUUAGUCUACAAUCCUUCUCAUGGGCUUGAUCGCAGACAAUUUGUUGCUCGUAUUAAGUCUGCUUUGGGCCGGGCCUUGGUACAGUAUUAUCCGUUAGCAGGCCGGGUCCAAGAGAGACGUGGUGGGCCGCUUCAGGUUGUUUGUAGGGCCCAAGGGGCUGUUUUUGUUGAGGCUGUUUCUGGGUAUAAGAGGCCUGAUUUUGAAAGGGCCCCACGUUACGUGGAGGAGUGGCGACAGCUGUUAUGGUUACAAGUGGAUGAUGUUCUUAAAGGGGCCCCACCUCUUGUUGUUCAGCUUACGUGGCUUGCUGACGGGGCAGUUGCGGUUGGGUUUGGGUUUAAUCAUUGUGUGUGUGAUGGGAUUGGGAGUGCUGAGUUCAUCAACUCGUUUGCUGAGUUAACUCGUGGGGUUUCGGCUCGAGGGCCGAAACCCGUGUGGGAUCGACACUUACUCGACCCGUUUACUUCGAGUAAUAAUAGGUCGAAGAUGAGUGUGAGGGAUAGCUUAGUGGUUCACCCUGUCUUUACUCGGGUUCAAGACAGUUGUGGGUUUUUAGCUAGAUUCUCUAGUGAGAAAUUGGUCCCAACAUCUAAUAUUUUUGUCAGGGGUCACAUCAAUCAACUCAAACGACAAGCGAGUCGACUCACUGAGUCGACAAAAUACACAUCUUUCGAGGUCGUUUCGGCCCAUAUAUGGAAGUGUUGGGCUAAAUCGUUACACAUGCCCGGGAACCAAGUCCUAAGGCUUUUUUUUAGUGUUAAUUUCCGAAAUCGAAUAAAACCCCGCUUACCAGUCGGAUUUUACGGAAACGGUUUUACACUCGGGUGUGCCGUGACCACGGUAAAUGACCUAACCGAGAAGGGUAUAGGGUAUGGUGCGGAAUUAAUAAAAAGAGCAAAGGAAAGAGUGGAUGGUAAGUAUGUAAAGCAAGUGAUCGAGUUAGUGAGCGAGAAUCGGACGAGUCCUGACUCAGUAGGGGUAUUGGUAUUGUCGCAAUGGUCAAGGCUUGGGCUUGAAAGGGUUGACUUUGGGCUUGGAAAACCAGCCCAUGUGGGGCCCAUUUGCAGUGAUAAGUACUGUUUGUUAUUGCCAGUUAAUAAUAAUCAGAGGGAGGCAGUGAGGGUGAUGCUAGCUGUCCCUACAAGUGCCGUUGACAUGUACCAACAUUUAUUAAGAAAACCUUUCUCUUCUAAUUAAAGAUUUAAAAUCAUAAUCUUGGUUCAAUAUGAGUUUUUUUUUUUUACAUGGAACUCCUCUUUGUUGCCCACUCGAUUUACUGAAGCUUUGCUCCGACUAAAUACGAGUUCGAUUCAGAUCGCA